UCUAGUUCAUCACAAAGCACUGAAAAGCUGUCUCCUCUAGUUUAUUGAUUUGAAUGCAUCUUUUGCAUUUUCAGUUUAAGACGGUAUUCUAACAGUCCACAUUUCUAAAUCACUGGCAGUAAGAUAUCUGUGAGCACAUACCCACAAGGUAUAACUCCAAGACUAUUCGUGCCAGCGAGAAUUUAUCUGUUCAAACUUUGUGUCAUCAUGUGGCUUCUGGGUCUUCCAUGAACGUGAAGAGAGAGUAUUUUUAUUAUGUUGGAAAACGGAAGUUAGGUUUAACACCUUACGGUGACCGCAUAGUAUCAGGACUCACAUUUGAGUGCUGCAGGGGAGUGAGACAUAAUUUUUACCCUACGCGGCUGUCUAUAGUUACCUGUGCCGUUCGCAACAUGCUGAGCCCGAGGGGAGCCCCGUGCCGCUACACUCCGUGGGCCAGCGGAGCCGCUGCCGGCUCGGGACCUGCCCCGGGAAGGAGCCGCCACCUGCGUUCCGCCUCCCGGCCGUGCCCGGCCCCGCGGGGCACCGGGGCGGAGCAGGACCCGGCCCGCCCCGCUGAGUCGCAGGUAGGGCAGCCGCCCGCCCGAUCCCAUCGCGUUCUCUCCGCGGUCCGAGUCUCCGCGCCCCCGGCGCUGGCCGAUGGAUCCCGAGGCGGCGGGGGACGAGCUGUCCCGCUUACGUGCCCUCUUCCUGGCGUGCGACGCCAGCGGCUCGGGCCGCAUCGAGCGGGAGGACUUCGCUGCUCUCUGCGCCGAGCUGCGGGUGCAGCCGGCCGAGGCCGAGGCCAUCUUCCAGCGCCUCGACAGCGACCGCGACGGGGCCAUCACCUUCCCGGAGUUCGCCCGUGGCUUCCGCGGCGUCACGCGGCCGCAGCCCGCUGGCAGCGAGCCGGGGGGCGAGGACAUGGAGGAGGAAGAGGCGUCAGCAGUUUGGGUCGCCGCGGGGCUGGAACAACCCUGGAGGGACUUCGAGGUGCGGCUCGGGGACGAGGCGAGGUACAUCCCCAGACAAGAGCAGGUCAGUGUUCUGUAUCAGAACAUACACAUAGCAGAACCAAGAUUAAUCCAGCCAUAUGAGCAUGUCAUUAAGAACUUCAUCCAAGAGAUCAAACUUCAAAGCACAGAGAUGGAAACUCUGGCCAUAGCGGUAAAAAGAGCUCAGGAUAAAGCAGCAAUUCAACUCAGUGAGUUAGAGGAAGAGAUGGAACUACGGAUACAGGCUGCAGAGCAUAAAGUUAAAAAGGAAGAGAAGCAAAAAGCUGAAGAAGCACUAAAUGAGCUGAAGCGCCAGUAUGACACUGAAGUUGGGGAUCUUCAGGUGACAAUAAAAAAACUUAAAAAGCUGGAAGAGCAAUCCAAGUAUGUCAACCACAGGGAAGAUGUAGUUGAACUGAAAAAAAGAAUACAUGAUAUGUUGCUGGAAAAUCAGAGACUUAAGAAAGAUCUCUUAGAAGCUCAGACAAAUAUAGCUUUUCUACAGAGUGAAUUAGAUACCUUGAAAAGCGAGUAUGCAGAUCAGUCUUUGAACACUGAGAGGGAUCUAGAAAUUAUCCGAGAGUAUACUGAAGACAGAGAUAAUCUGGAAAGACAAAUUGAAAUACUUCAAUCAGCUAAUAGAAAAUUACAUGACAGCAACGAUGGUUUAAGAAGUGCACUUGAAAACAGUUUCAGCAAAUACAACAGAUCAUUGCGGUUAGCAAAUACCUCACCAGGAAGUACCAUUUCUAGAAGCAGUCCUAAAUUUAAUGGUGAACAUUCUCCUUUAAACCCACGGUAUGACAGGUCGUCUCAUUCGUCUUGUGUCGAUGAAGAUUAUGAUUCUUUAGCUCUUUGUGAUCCGAUGCAAAGGAUAAACUGUGAAGUUGACAGCUUACCUGAGAGCUGUUUUGACAGCGGUUUGUCUACCCUGAGAGACUCAAAUGAGUAUGAUUCAGAAGUGGAAUAUAGGCAUCAAAGGAUUUUUCAAAGGUCACAAUGUAUGCAAGAAGGCUUUGGUGGUGAUGCUUCUGAUACAGAUGUUCCAGAGAUCAGAGAUGAAGAAGCGUACAGUCCUGCUAACAGCACUGCAGUUUUAGACUGGAAGCCCUCACAACCAGUUAGUCGAAGCAGCUCAGUUGCUUCAAUGAGAAAACACAUAUCUGCUCUCACUCCUCAGUCAGAUGCAACUGAAUGGACUCCAAAAUACCCCAGUACAGAGAAGGCUUACAAGAUUGUUCUUGCUGGAGAUGCAGCAGUGGGAAAAUCCAGUUUUCUUAUGAGACUUUGCAAGAAUGAAUUUCAAGGCAAUACCAGUGCAACUCUGGGUGUGGAUUUUCAAAUGAAAAGACUAAUUGUUGACGGAGAACCUACAGUGUUACAGCUGUGGGACACAGCUGGGCAGGAGAGAUUUCGAAGUAUUGCUAAAUCAUACUUCAGAAGAGCAGAUGGUGUCUUACUACUAUAUGAUGUAACAUGUGAAAAAAGCUUUAUUAAUGUGAGAGAAUGGGUGGAUAUGAUUGAGGAUGCGACUCACGAGAAUAUUCCAAUUAUGAUGGUGGGAAACAAGGCAGAUCUUCGUCAAGAUGUUACAGAACAAGGGCAAAAGUGUGUGCCUAUAAACUAUGGAGAAAAGCUGGCUAUGACUUACAAUGCACUAUUCUGUGAAACAAGUGCUAAAGAUGGAUCUAAUAUUGUAGAAGCAGUUCUUCAUCUUGCUCACGAGGUGCGAAAAAGAAGUGAUAAUCAAGAUGAUACAAGAUCAGUAACCAGCCUGGGUGGGACACCUGUCAAAAAGUCUGCACUCACAAAAAACUGUUGUAAUGUUUAAAUGACAGAUAAUUUUCCUUAACUGAACAACUUGUAUAUUUAAAAAAACUGAAGCCAACAACCAAAUCAAAAUAUUUCAGUAGUGUUUCCUUUUUAUUAUGGAUUUAUACAUUUUUAUAUUUAGAAGUGACCACAUAAUGUUCAAAAUCCAGACUCUUAUUUUCUACUCAUUCAAAUUUGUGAAAUUGCUUCAUCCCAUAGACUCU